AUGAAAGUCGUUGGGGAGGAGAUAGUUCAAGAAGAGGUGGCACCCGAAGUCGAUCCGGAGGAGGCCGUUGCAGAACCAGACUCGGAACAAACUAUCUCCGAUGAAACUCCCGCUGACGAAGAGGAAGAAGCCCUCUGCUUUGCUCGGGAGAUGGAGGAGGAUCUAUUUGGUGCAGAGAAGGCCAGGAGAGAUAAGGGAGGAAAGGCCCCAGAGACAGCCGCUGGUGAGAUAAGGUCAAAAAUGAAAGAGGACCCCGCUCCGAAGCCUGUCGAGAAGAAGCAUAGGGUGAAGGUAGCACUCAGAAAAAAUCCAACACCCCCUCGGCGAGCGACAAGGCAGGAAAAGGGGAAGAGUAAAGUGGUGGAAGCAGAAGCGACAGAGGACAUGAUCCCGCUGUCCCGUCUGAGGAAGGAGAUCACUAUCAGAGAGCCCACCGCUCAGCCCCAGCGAUCCUCACCAGCGGAGCCCGCAAAGGAGAAGCCGGGGGCGGAAGAGCCUACUGCUUCUGGACCAGAGGAGGAGCGGGAGACCAUCAUCACUGAAGAAACCAUAGGCAGAAUCAACGUCACUGUGGAAUCAUACAAGGAACAAACCGCCGAGGUCCCCGCUACCACAACUGCUGAAGCAACCAAUGAAACCGCCGAGAUUGAGGCAGUUAUAACAACGCUCCCUAUCCUGCAGACUCGUGAUCCCCUUGACGCUGCGCCUAACCUACAAGUCAUUGUUGUUAACCUUCCUAUCGAUCUCCUCGAACAACAAGUCGAAAGGGAACAACAAACUCUCCCCGAGCCAGUCCACCAAUAUUUUGAAACAAACGACCCACCUCUAGGAGCCGACCCUCCAGCGGCCAAUUGUCCCAAAGCUCCCAUCGUAGUGGUUGAAGAAAUAUCUUCAUCUCAAUCAGGGGAGGCUUCCAUCAACCAGAAAUUAGAAAAUAUGGUUCAGAACCAAAUUUUGUUAAUCCAAGCCUUCUUCCUGCGGGAGAAGAAUGAGGAGUUGGUGCCUAGGCGCUCUAGGGUUCACCCCUACUUGUGCCCGCACUUCUGGAUCCAUCCAGCUCGACAGUCGUUCCAGGCCAGAUACGCCAACUUACCUUGCCCUGACUUGAGCUAUGAAGCACUUCAGGCUCUGACUCAAGUCAUAAUCGAUCUGCUGGUCCAAAGUCCCGCUGAUUCGGAUGCCAUUCCAGUUCUCCACUGA